AUGGAACAGGGAGCAAAUUGUACUGCUGAUGACCAAUGUCAAACUAAAAUUUGUCGUAUUGCAGAUCCAGAUGGACAUACAUCUCAAACUUCUGAUACACGAGAAAAUGGAGUUUCUUGUCUUGCCGAUGCUGCAUGCAAAAGCGACCUUUGUAUUGCCCAUUGUACUAUUGAGGCUGCUGGCUUCGCUACCACAUUACGUAAUAAUUACCUUCUAUAUCGAUUAAACGGCAUAAUUUCAUUGCCCAGAUGA